AUGGAAGAAGGCGCGUCUUCUCGUCCGACAGAAACCCCCGAAGGCUCUGCCGGCGGUGAUGAUCACAAUGCCGCCUCGAGUGCCGCGAAGAAUCCGGCCUUGAAGGAUCGGAAAUGCCAGUAUUGCCAUCAAGCGUUCACCUCUUCGUCCCUCGGUCGCCAUCUGGAUCAAUUCCUUUUCAAGAAAAAACCGGACGGUAUUCAUGAUGUUGAGGAAAUCCGGCGCAUUCGGAGCGGUAUCACUCGCCGACAGGCCCGUACCUCCUCUGGUAGACGCGAUACUCCCGAGAGAACAACAGGCAAAGGCCAGCAGGACUCCUACACUCCGGGCGAUUCGGGCUCAAAGUCACGCGAUGGUGCGUAUAGGAUGAUGUUCAACACGCCUACGUGGCAUGCGACCGGUGUGAUCAACGAUAUACCCAAUCCUAGCCAGUCACAGGAUAAUAGCUCGUCUCACUCGCGCAUUGCGCCCUCGCAAUCACGCACUGGGCCGCUUUCAUUUCCGGAUAGAGGUGGCUCGAAUAAUCCAGAUACCAUGAGGGCAUUGGAGCUGGCUCUGCGCGAAGUACUGGAUAAUAUCAAAGCUGCAACUUCCAGGAUGCGCCCCAGACUCUCCCCGUUCGAUUUCGACAUUCAGGCGCAAACGUUCCCUUCCCUCUGCCUGCAGUUGCUGCCUCCCCCUCCCAGUCUAUUCGCAACAAGUCCAUUCCCGUCUCCGUCAUCAUUCCCUCUCCAGCCGCCGGGAGUGGAGCAUCUGGACAUUGUCCGGCAAGCACUUCGCGCGAAGAUCGAUCAAUGGCAGUCGGAUCAGCGCACCGCCGAGUCCAACAACAACUCCCAGUCAGGGAGGCCAAGCCUAGGCCUAGAUUCGAAUAUGAUCAGCCGGAGCGCGCAGCAGCACGAAGACUUAAGUCUGCGGCACUUGGAGUUGGCAUUCAAGCACUGGGCCUCACUGCCGACAGAUGCAAGGAGAGACGCAUGGCAGCUCGAAAUCACGCGCGCAUUCGCAAGAGAAAUGGAAAAGCGAAAGUCGCUGGAUGACCAGCUCGCGCGCGUCCAACAGGAGGCAAACCAACUUCGUGCCCAGGUAGAAAGACUAGGCUCCUGCCAAUGGCCAAGGGAAUUCGCAAUCUUCCCUCCCGACACGCUCCCACUACCACGAGACGUCGCCCGAGAACUCGAUGCCAAGGAGAGCCAAAUCAGCCCUACCGCCUCUCGCUGGGACUACGACAAUGUCGUCGCGAAAUGGAAACGGGUCGUUAUGCACGACAGAGGCAUGGGCCGCGUCGGCAUCGGUUACGCAAACAGCAUACAGGAUGAAUAUCGCAGCGCAGAACCCAGACACCCCCCAACUACCACCGCACCCGCAACCAGCAGCGACGACCCAACCCGUUCCAGGAUGUUGAAUCCCCCGUCGGCCCUGAGCCCCGGCCCAUCCCCCUCAAACACGAGCGGUGGUGGACCCUCCGCGCCUCCUAGCCAGCAGACCUCGCCCUAUAUGCACCAACACGACAGCACCCGGAGUCCCGACGACGGUCCGCAAGCUAAACGGCCUCGCCUGAUGAACGGUCACCACAUCGAGAACCCUCCGCACGCUCCUGACGGUGCCCCUGCUCCUACUGGGCCCCCUCCUUCUACAUCUACAACCACGACUACGGCUACGAACCAGGGACCCGCUGCCGCUCCCCCCUCCACUACUUCCUGGACUACAACUAGUGCCCAACCAUCCGGCAUAGCUUCAAACCCGGCCAACCCUGCAGGUCCCACGCCCCCGCCAUCCUGCUCUGGGUAA